AUGCAGUUCAGCUACUUCUCGCAGGGACAAUAUUCCACCAUUUGCAUUUUCUUCAAGGGGCUGUUUGGCGUGCUCGAAUCUCAGGCGUUUAUCGGCCGAAAGCGGGUUCGAACCAUCUACCUGAACGCUAGCGAGAUCACAGAGCUGGGUCCUCGGACUUUAAAUGGUCUGGUGGAGCUUGAGAUAUUGCAUCUGGAGAACAAUCUUCUGCAUAGUAUUGGAACCAGUCAGUUCUCCAAUCUAACUAAUCUCAGAGAGAUGUAUCUCCAGUUUAACAAGUUGACCUUCAUCAGCUCUGAAGCCUUUAUUAACCUAAACUCAUUACAGGUAACAAUUCCUAAGGGAGUGUUCGCGAAAAACGAAAGGGAGUAUAGUCUAACGUUGAAUCUAAUUCGAUGGUGAUCGCUACUAAUCUAA